AUGCUUUCCAUCAUCCCGCCCCAUUCUCCCGCUUUCCAUCACCCCACCCCAUUCUCCAUCUUUUCAUCACCCCGCCCCAUUCUCCCGCUUUCCAUCACUUGCCCCAUUCUCCCGCUUUCCAUCACCCCGCCCCAUUCUCCUGCUUUCCAUCAGCCCACCCCAUUCUCCAUCUUUUCAUCACCCCGCCCCAUUCUCCGGCUUUCCAUCACCCCGCACAAUUCUCCCGCUUUCCAUCACCCCGCCCCAUUCCCCCUCCUUCCAUCACCCCACCCCAUUCUCUCGCUUUCCAUCACCCCUCCCCAUUCUACCGCUUUCCAUCACCCCACCCAAUUCUCCAUCUUUUCAUCACCCCGCCCCAUUCUCCCACUUUCCAUCACCCCGCACCAUUCUCCCGCUUUCCAUCAACCCGCCCCAUUCUCCCUCCUUCCAUCACCCCGCCCCAUUCUCCCGCUUUCCAUCACCUCGCCCCAUUCUCCCGCUUUCCAUCACCCCGCCCCAUUCUCCCGAUUUCCAUCACCCCACCCCAUUCUCCAUCUUUUCAUCACCCCGCCCCAUUCUCCUGCUUUCCAUCACCCGCACCAUUCUCCCGCUUUCCAUCACCCCGCCCCAUUCUCCCUCCUUCCAUCACCCCGCCCCAUUCCCCCUCCUUCCAUCACCCCGCCCCAUUCUCCCGCUUUCCAUCACCUCGCCCCAUUCUCCCGCUUUCCAUCACCCCGCCCCAUUCUCCCGCUUUCCAUCACCCCGCCCCAUUCUCCCGCUUUCCAUCACCCCGCCCCAUUCUCCCGCUUUCCAUCACCCUGCCCCAUUCUCCCGCUUUCCAUCACCCCGCCCAUUCUCCCACUUUCCAUCACGCCGCCCCAUUCUCCCGCUUUCCAUCACCCCGCCCCAUUCUCCCUCCUUCCAUCACCCCGCCCCAUUCUCCCUCCUUCCAUCACCCCGCCUCAUUCUCCCGCUUUCCAUCACCCCGCCCCAUUCUCCCGCUUUCCAUCACCCCGCCCCAUUCUCCCGCUUUCCAUCACCCCGUCCCAUUCUCCCGCUUUCCAUCACCCUUACCCAUUCUCCCUCCUUCCAUCACCCCGCCCCAUUCUCCCUCCUUCCAUCACCCCGCCCUAUUCUCCCUCCUUCCAUCACCCCGCCUCAUUCUCCCGCUUUCCAUCACCCCGCCCCAUUCUCCCACUUUCCAUCACCCCGUCCCAUUCUCCCGCUUUCCAACACCCCGCCCCAUUCUCCCGCUUUCCAUCACCCCGCCCCGUUCUCCCGCUAUCGAUCACCCCGCCCCAUUCUCCCGCUUUCCAUCACCCCGCCCCAUUCUCCCUCCUUCCAUCACCCCGCCCCAUUCUCCCUCCUUCUAUCACCCCGCCCCAUUCUCCCGCUUUCCAUCACCCCGCCCCAUUCUCCCGCUUUCCAUCACCCCGCCCCGUUCUCCCUCUUUCCAUCACCCCGCACCAUUCUCCCGCUUUCCAUCACCCCGCACCAUUCUCCCGCUUUCCAUCACCCCGCCCCAUUCCCCCUCCUUCCAUCACCCCGCCCCAUUCUCCCGCCUUCCAUCACCCCACCCCAUUCUCCUGCUUUCCAUCACCCCGCCCCAUUCUCCCGCUUUCCAUCACCCCGCCCCAUUUUCCUGAUUUCCGUCACCCCGCCCCAUUCUCCCGCUUUCCAUCACCCCGCCCAUUCUCCCGCUUUCCAUCACCCCGCCCCAUUCUCCCGCUUUCCAUCACCCCGUACCAUUCUGCUGCUCUCCAUCACCCCGCCCCAUUCUCCCGCUCUCCAUCACCUUGCCCCAUUCUCCCGCUUUCCAUCAUCCCGCCCCAUUCUCCCGCUUUCCAUCAUCCCGCCCCAUUCUCCCUCCUUCCAUCACGUCGCCCCAUUCUCCCGCUUUCCAUCACCCCGCCUCAUUCUCCCGCUUUCCAUCACCUCGCCCCAUUCUCCCGCUUUCCAUCACCCCGCCCCAUUCUCCCGCUUUCCAUCACCCCGCCCCAUUCUCCCCCUUUCCAUCACCCCACCCCAUUCUCCCGCUUUCCAUCACCCCGCCCCAUUCUCCCGCUUUUCAUCACCCCGCCCCAUUCUCUCGCUUUCCAUCACCCGCCCCAUUCUCCCACUUUCCAUCACCCCUCCCCAUUCUCCCUCCUUCCAUCACCCCGCCCCAUUCUCCCUCCUUCCAUCACCCCGACCCAUUCUCCCUCCUUCCAUCACCACGCCCCAUUCUCCCGCUUUCCAUCGCCCCACCCCAUUCUCCCACUUUGCAUCACCCCGCCCCAUUCUGCCGCUUUCCAUCACCCCGACCCAUUCUCCCGCUUUCCAUCACCCCGCCCCAUUCUCCCGCUUUCCAUCACCCCGCCCCAUUCUCCCGCUUUCCAUCACCCCGCCCCAUUCUCCCUCCUUCCAUCACCCCGCCCCAUACUCCCGCUUUCCAUCACCCCGCCUCAUUCUCCCCCUUCCAUCACCCCGCCCCAUUCUCCCGCUUUCCAUCACCCCGCCCCAUUCUCCCGCUUUCCAUCACCCCGCCCCAUUCUCCCGCUUUCCAUCACCCUGCCCCAUUCUCCCUCCUUCCAUCACCCCGGCCCAUUCUCCCGCUUUCCAUCACCCCGCCCCAUUCUCCUGCUUUCCAUCACCCCGCCCCAUUCUCCCGCUUUCCAUCACCCCGCCCCAUUCUCCCUCCUUCCAUCACCCCGCCCCAUUCUCCCUCCUUCCAUCACCCCACCCCAUUCUCCUGCUUUCCAUCACCUCGCCCUAUUCUUCCGCAUUCCAUCACCCAGCCCCAUUCUCCCGCUUUCCAUCACCUCGCCCCAUUCUCCUGCUUUCCGUCACCCCGCCCCAUUCUCCUGCUAUCCAUCACCCCGCCCCAUUCCCCCGCCUUCCAUCACCCCGCCCUAUUCUCCCGCUUUCCAUCACCCCGCCCCAUUCUCCCGCUUUCCAUCACCCCGCCCCAUUCUCCCGCUUUCCAUCACCCCGCACCAUUCUCCCGCUUUCCAUCUCCCCGCCCCAUUCCCCCUCCUUCCAUCACCCCGCCCCAUUCUCCCGCUUUCCAUCACCCCGCCCAAUUCUCCCGCUUUCCAUCACCACGCCCCAUUCUCCCGCUUUCCAUCACCCCGCCCCAUUCUCCCGCUUUCCAUCACCCCGCCCCAUUCUCCCGCUUUCCAUCACCCUGCCCCAUUCUCCCUUCUUCCAUCACCUCGCCCCAUUCUCCCUCCUUCCAUCACCCCGCCCCAUUCUCCUGCUUUCCAUCACCCCGCCCCAUUCUUCCGCAUUCCAUCACCCAGCCCCAUUCUCCCGCUUUCCAUCAGCCCGCCCCAUUUUCCCGCUUUCCGUCACCCCGCCCCAUUCUCCCGCUAUCCAUCACCCCGCCCCAUUCCCCCACUUUCCAUCACCCCGCCCCUUUCUCCCUCCUUCCAUGACCCCGCCCCAUUCUCCCUCCUUCCAUUACCCCGCCCCAUUCUCCCGCUUUCCAUCACCCCGCCCCAUUCUCCCGCUUUCCAUCACCCCGUCCCAUUCUCCCGCUUUCCAUCACCACACCCCAUUCUCCAGCUUUCCAUCACCCCGUCCCAUUCUCCCUCUUUCUAUCACCCCGCCCCAUUCUCCCGCUUUCCAUCACCCCGCCCGAUUCUCCCGCUUUCCAUCACCCCGCCCCAUUCUCCCGCUUUCCAUCACCCCGCCCCAUUCUCCCGCUUUCCAUCACCCGCUCCAUUCUCCCGCUUUCCAUCACCCCGCCCCAUUCUCCCGCUUUCCAUCACCCCGUCCCAUUCUCCCGCUUUCCAUCACCCCGCCCCAUUCUCCUGCUUUCCAUCACCCCGUCCCAUUCUCCCGCUUUCCAUCACCCCUCCCCAUUCUCCCUCCUUCCAUCACUCCGCCCCAUUCUCCCGCUUUCCAUCACACCGCCCUAUUCUCACGCUUUCCAUCACCUCGCCCCAUUCUCCUGCUUUCCAUCACCCCGCCCCAUUCUCCCUCCUUCCAUCACCCCGCCCCAUUCUCCCUCCUUCCAUAACCCCGCCCCAUUCUCCCGCUUUCCAUCACCCCGCCCCAUUCUCCUGCUUUCCAUCACCCCGCCCCAUUCUCCCGCUUUCCCUCACCCCGCCCCAGUCUCCCGCAUUUCAUAGCCCCGCCCUAUUCUCCUGCUUUCCAUCACCUCGCCCCCUUCUCCCGCUUUCCAUCACCCCGGCCCAAUCUCCCUCCUUCCAUCACCCCACCCCAUUCUCCCUCCUUCCAUCACCCCGCCCCAUUCUCCUGCUUUCCAUCACCCCGCCCCAUUCUUCCGCAUUCCAUCACCCAGCCCCAUUCUCCCGCUUUCCAUCACCCCGCCCCAUUUUCUCGCUUUCCAUCACCCCGCCCCAUUCUCCCGCUAUCCAUCACCCCGCCCCAUUCCCCCACUUUCCAUCACCCCGCCCCAUUCUCCCGCUUUCCAUCACCCCGCCCCAUUCUCCCGCUUUCCAUCACCCCGCCCCAUUCUCCCGCUUUCCAUCACCCCUCCCUAUUCUCCUGCUUUCCAUCACCCCGCCCCAUUCUCCCUCCUUCCAUGACCCCGCCCCAUCCUCCCUCCUUCCAUUACCCCGACCCAUUCUCCCGCUUUCCAUCACCCCGCCCCAUUCUCCCGCUUUCCAUCACCCCGUCCCAUUCUCCCGCUUUCCAUCACCACGCCCCAUUUUCCAGCUUUCCAUCACCCCGUCCCAUUCUCCCUCUUUCCAUCACCCCGCCCCAUUCUCCCGCUUUCUAUCACCCCGCCCGAUUCUCCCGCUUUCCAUCACCUCGCCCCAUUCUCCCGCUUUCCAUCACCCCGCCCCAUUCUCCCGCUUUCCAUCACUCCGCCCCAUUCUCCCGCUUUCCAUCACCCGCUCCAUUCUCCCGCUUUCCAUCACCCCGCCCCAUUCUCCCGCUUUCCAUCACCCCGCCUCAUUCUCCCGCUUUCCAUCACCCCGUCCCAUUCUCCCGCUUUCCAUCACCCCCUUUCCAUCACCCCGUCCCAUUCUCCCUCUUUCCAUCACCCCGCCCCAUUCUCCCGCUUUCCAUCACCACGCCCGAUUCUCCCGCUUUCCAUCACCCCGCCCCAUUCUCCCGCUUUCCAUCACCCCGCCCCAUUCUCCCGCUUUCCAUCACCGCGCCCCAUUCUCCCGCUUUCCAUCACCCGCUCCAUUCUCCCGCUUUCCAUCACCCCGCCCCAUUCUCCCGCUUUCCAUCACCCCGCCCCAUUCUCCCGCUUUCCAUCACCCCGCCCCAUUCUCCCGCUUUCCAUCACCCCGUCCCAUUCUCCCGCUUUCCAUCACCCCGCCCCAUUCUCCCGCUAUCCAUCACCCCGCCCCAUUCCCCCGCUUUCCAUCACCCCGCCCCAUUCUCCCGCUUUCCAUCACCCCGCCCCAUUCUCCCGCUUUCCAUCAUCCCGCCCCAUUCUCCCGCUUUCCAUCACCCAUCCCCAUUCUCCUGCUUUCCAUCACCCCGCCCCAUUCUCCCUCCUUCCAUGACCCCGCCCCAUUCUCCCUCCUUCCAUUACCCCGCCCCAUUCUCCCGCUUUCCAUCACCCCGCCCCAUUCUCCCGCUUUCCAUCACCCCGUCCCAUUCUCCCGCUUUCCAUCACCACGCCCCAUUCUCCAGCUUUCCAUCACCCCGUCCCAUUCUCCCUCUUUCCAUCACCCCGCCCCAUUCUCCCGCUUUCUAUCACCCCGCCCGAUUCUCCCGCAUUCCAUCACCCCGCCCCAUUCUCCCGCUUUCCAUCACCCCGCCCCAUUCUCCCGCUUUCCAUCACCCCGCCCCAUUCUCCCGCUUUCGAUCACCCGCUCCAUUCUCCCGCUUUCCAUCACCCCGCCCCAUUCUCCCGCUUUCCAUCACCCCGCCUCAUUCUCCCGCUUUCCAUCACCCCGCCCCAUUCUCCCGCUUUCCAUCAUCCCGCCCCAUUCUCCCGCUUUCCAUCACCCCUCCCCAUUCUCCUGCUUUCCAUCACCCCGCCCCAUUCUCCCUCCUUCCAUGACCCCGCCCCAUUCUCCCUCCUUCCAUUACCCCGCCCCAUUCUCCCGCUUUCCAUCACCCCGCCCCAUUCUCCCGCUUUCCAUCACCCCGUCCCAUUCUCCCGCUUUCCAUCACCACGCCCCAUUCUCCAGCUUUCCAUCACCCCGUCCCAUUCUCCCUCUUUCCAUCACCCCGCCCCAUUCUCCCGCUUUCUAUCACCCCGCCCGAUUCUCCCGCUUUCCAUCACCCCGCCCCAUUCUCCCGCUUUCCAUCACCCCGCCCCAUUCUCCCGCUUUCCAUCACCCCGCCCUAUUCUCCCGCUUUCCAUCACCCGCUCCAUUCUCCCGCUUUCCAUCACCCCGCCCCAUUCUCCCGCUUUCCAUCACCCCGCCCCAUUCUCCCGCUUUCCAUCACCCCGCCCCAUUCUCCCGCUUUCCAUCACCCCGCCCUAUUCUCCCGCUUUCCAUCACCCGCUCCAUUCUCCCGCUUUCCAUCACCCUGCCCCAUUCUCCCGCUUUCCAUCACCCCGCCCCAUUCUCCCGCUUUCCAUCACACCGCCCUAUUCUCACGCUUUCCAUCACCCCGCCCCAUUCUCCUGCUUUCCAUUACCCCGCCCCAUUCUCCCUCCUUCCAUCACCCCGCCCCAUUCUCCCUCCUUCCAUUACCCCGCCCCAUUCUCCCGCUUUCCAUCACCCCGCCCCAUUCUCCCGCUUUCCAUCACCCCGUCCCAUUCUCCCGCUUUCCAUCACCACGCCCCAUUCUCCAGCUUUCCAUCACCCCUCCCCAUUCUCCCUCUUUCCAUCACCCCGCCCCAUUCUCCCGCUUUCCAUCACCCCGCCCGAUUCUCCCGCUUUCCAUCACCCCGCCCCAUUCUCCCGCUUUCCAUCACCCCACCCCAUUCUCCCGCUUUCCAUCACCCCGCCCCAUUCUCCCGCUUUCCAUCACCCGCUCCAUUCUCCCGCUCUCCAUCACCCCGCCCCAUUCUCCCGCUUUCCAUCACCCCGCCCCAUUCUCCCGCUUUCCAUCACCCCGCCCCAUUCUCCCGCUUUCCAUCACCCCGUCCCAUUCUCCCGCUUUCCAUCACCCCUCCCCAUUCUCCCUCCUUCCAUCACCCCGCCCCAUUCUCCCGCUUUCCAUCACACCGCCCUAUUCUCUCGCUUUCCAUCACCCCGCCCCAUUCUCCUGCUUUUUAUCACCCCGCCCCAUUCUCCCUCCUUCCAUCACCCCGCCCCAUUCUCCCGCUUUCCAUCACCCCGCCCCAUUCUCCCGCUUUCCAUCACCCCGCCCCAUUCUCCCGCUUUCCCUCACCCCGCCCCAGUCUCCCGCAUUUCAUAG